CACGCAUGUGACGAAACGACACCGUUACCAACACGGGCAUCGCUCACCGCCUUCCAUUGGCAUUCACAGCGAAAUCAACCCAACCCCUCCACACCUCCUCCAUCCCCACAACAACAUCAAAAUCUCCUUCAAUUUUGGACUUACAGAAGAUUAGGGUUCGGCUUUGUGCACAACCACCGUAAACUCCGAAAGGGUUCGCUGGUUCAGGCUUUGCUGUAGCUGCUGAGGUUCAAAGGAGGAGUCUUUCUCGGGGUUGUCUUCUCAGGUGAUUUUAUCAUCAAGAUGCCAAUGUUGACUGCUGCAAGUACAAUUGUUAGCUCGCCUCUACUGCCAGCAGUAGGUCAAUGCCCCGGACGAGUGAAGCUUUCUAGCUGUGGGCCAAAAAGGGUUUGUGGUGAUGGAAGAAUGGUACAUUUUAAGAUCAAACCAGUGGGGCUUGGUGCACAGUUAUCACUUCUUGAGAGAAGAAAACCGGUCAUUGGUUCCCGUCGGUCUGCUUCUGUAAUAUGUGCUUCUGCUUCGAAUGCCAGAUGCGGUGCAGAGCAAACCCAGACUGUCACCCGUGAGGCUCCAACAAUUACACAUCUUCCUGGCAAGGAAAAGUCCCCACUGCUUGAUGAUGGUGGAAGUGGAUUCCCUCCUGGUGAUGAUGGUGAUGGUGGUGGCGGCGGAGGUGGUGGUGGGGGCAACUGGUCUGGAGGAUUUGCCUUUUUUGGCUUUCUUCUUUUCCUGAGCUUUUUAAAGGAUAAAGAAAGUGAGGGUGAUUAUCGGGAAAAUAGGAGAAGGUAAUGGAAGGGUUUUGAGAGGACAUGUUGUGGAGAUUUUGUAUUGUAUUUUUUCUGUGGUAAUGAAUAAUGAAUAUUGAGUAUUGAGUAAUGAAUAAUAAUUAAGUUUUAUACUUGGAAAAA